AUGGAUAACCAGAAGGAGGAGCGGCAGCAGGACCAAGACCGCCAGCAGAGAGAAACCGAGCCUGCUCCACUUCGAUAUACUCAAGAAGCAGAGUACCAACAAUCGCCUCGAGGGUUGGUCACUCAGAGCUACCAACCGCGCCAUGACGCCGACCCCCCUCCACGGUAUCUCGAGCACCAGGAACAGGUACAAGUACAGGAGCAGCUACGAGAACUUCGGGCUGACCAACAGCAGCCAGCAACAGCGGUGCCAAAGUGGAUACAAGACCGUCUUGCUCACUUUUCAAAACAACAACAACAACAAUCCGCAUGGGCACAAAAGCAAAGAGAAGCAGCAAUCAAGAUGGAGCAGCAACGGCAGGAAUAUUUAGAGAGACAGCAACAGCAACGAGCCGUGUGGGCCGAACAACAGAGAGUGGCGGCUGCAAAGAUGGCGCGAGAGCGUAUGGCUUAUGUUGAGAAGCAACAAGAGCAACGAGCUGCGUUGGAGGAGAGGCAGAGGGAGUAUGCAGUGCGUAAGGAUCCACAGCGCCAGGUCUACUUUGAGAUGCAACGGAAGGGACGAGAAGCGUUGGCGGAGAGGCAGAGGGAGUAUGUAGUGCGUGUGGAACAACAGCGCCAGGUCUACUUUGAGAAUCAACAGGGGCAACAAGCAGCGUUGGCGGAGAGGCAGAGGGAGUAUGCAGUGCAUGUGGAACAACAGCGUCAGGUCUACUUUGAGAAUCAACUGGAGCAACAGGAGCGACGAGCAGCGUGGGUAGAACAGCAGGUGCAAGCAGCAGCUGUGGCAUGGUAUUCCCAUGCCCAGCCGAAAGUCGACGACGCCUCAUCACGUGUGGUGCCCAAGGAGAGGAAGUCUUAG